GUUUAUCACUGUAUAGUUAUAUAGAAACUAAAAUAUAGUUAAACUUGUUCACAAGUCUUUGAUUUUGUUUAAGUAUUUUUCUAAAAAUUUGGAAAUGAAAAAUGAGGACCAGCCUUCUGUCAAACGAAGAAAAUAUGAAAAAGUUAUCGCUUCGUCGUGUAAUUUGAUGGAAAAAGUUGAUUCUCAAUCUAACUCUGAUGAUACAAAAACUGUCUUGCCCAAGCAAAGAAGUUGGAAUCUUACAGCUGUUUUAGGGGACGAGUACAAGCCGUGUGUUGGUGCUUUAAAACUUGUUGAUUCAGUAGCGUGUGUUUUAGUUGAUAAGAAACAUGCCUCAGCUGUGUUAAAGUUUCUCCAUGAAAAUUACCCAUUUACUGGUUUGCAGCAUGUUAAAAGAAUGCGGAAAGUUACAACGCAAAGUGGAUGCUACUUGCAGGUUUUAGUGUUCGUUUCUGCUCGACAUGCCCAUGAGGUGGAGCUUGUUAAGUCCUGUAUACAUGAUAACAAGAACCCACUGCUGGACCUUGAUGCUUUUAAGAUGGUGAAAAGUUAUUUAUCGAAAGUUGAGAUUGUUCAAGUUCCGUCUGCUAUACCUUUGACAAGGGAGCAGUUUAAUUUAGGAAAACAGUAUUGGCCGAUUUCGUUCCAUGAAAAUAAAUCAAUUACUCAGUUGGUUGACUGUUCGUUAUUCACAGAAGCUGAUUAUCGAGUUAUUGAAUGUCAUAUGGAAACUGCAAUACAGACUGCUAAGUCAGCAAACAACUUGCAACCUGCAGAGAACGUUGGGGUUGUUGUAGUGGAUUCAAAGACAAACACAGUAAUUGCAACCACGUUUGACUUGAGAAACAUACCGUGUGAAAUUACGACGGGUGUAAAUGUUGCUCAUCCGUUGAACCAUGCGGUUAUGGUUGCGAUAGACUUGGUGGCUCACACGCAAGGUGGAGGGUGUUAUACUUAUAGCAAUCUUUUAAAGGAAAAACCUGGAGAGGGCUUGUAUUUUGAGUUAUUAUCAUCAAAAAACACUGAAAAGGACAAGUCAAGUUAUAUUUGCACUGAUUUAACUUUGUAUGUUACGAGAGAGCCAUGUGUUAUGUGUUGUAUGGCGCUGCUUCAUUCUCGUAUAAAGCGAGUGUUUUAUGGAGUUGAAUGCCAGAGAGGGGGUUUUGGUAGCGCUUACAAGUUAAACGCUAUGAAAGAAUUAAAUCAUAGGUUUGUAGUAUUUAAAGGGGUUUUAGAGAACAAAUGUGCAAAGUUGUAACCUGUAGCACAGGCACCAAUCUUUUUAAAACACAGGGGAGGCAGGGGUAGGUAGGCACACAGUUAUAUAAAACCAAUUUAACUUAUUGGUUGUAAACUUGUAAUGUUUACCAGUUAAUGCAGUGUAGAACAUUUCAGGGUUGGCCUGUCUACCCUGCCUCCCUAGGUUUGGCGCCUAUGGACUACAGUGUAUUUACAUUCUAUUUCAUUAAGAUUUUUAACGACAAUUUAUAAUGUGAAUUUUAUUGUUUUGGUUUAUUGAAGAUUUUAAAAAAUUCUAAUAAUAAUGAAUAAUGAUGGUUUAUCUUUUUGAAUACGGUUGCAAAAAUCAUGUUAUUUAAAAAAUCAAAGAGAAGGAAACAAGAUAUAAUUAAACUUUUAAUG